GUCCUUCCUAACAGCAUCCCUCUCUCCCUCUCUUCAUCUCCCAAACACACACACAUACGUACACACACUCCAGACGCACAUACAGCCUCUACACGCCUUAGGCUGAGCGAAAAUAAGUGAAUCUCUACACGGCUCCCUUGGCCUUCCUUCUACUUCCUUGUCUAUCCCAGCAUCUCUCUCUCUCCCUCUCUAUCUAUCUAUCUCCCACACACACACAUGUACACACACUCCACACGCACACACACGCACACACAGCCUCUACACACCCUUGGCUCUGAAGUGCAUAAGAUGGCAAGCAGCGUCCAGCUCUCCCGGGAGGCUUUGUGCGAUGGGCUUGAUCAUCUGGCACUGCAGCAGCUCAGGCUCAUGGACCAGCUAAUAAGGUACAACAUGAUGCUUGAGGAGAGGAUGCGGAGUGGCUAUUUUCUCCUGAGCAAGACCCGGUACAGCAUGGGCACCAGCGCUGUCAGUUCCCUCCAGCUGCCCUCCCCGGACUCUGAAACGGAGUCCCUCACAGGUGUAAAGACAAGCCCCGUGGUGUUGGAGGACUACAAGGGAGACAUAAUGUACCACAGGGUUGACAUCAGCUUCAAAGACCCGAUGACUCCACUGCCGGAGGACAAGGGGGAGGAGUCGUGUGAGGAGAGUGAAGAAAAAGAUGAACAGAAAAUAAGGAAGAGGAUGAAUUACAGCACAAAACAACGAAGUUUAGAUGAUGAGAAUAGUGAAACAGAAAAAUUAUCUAAGACUCCGAAGAAAUCCAGUCGAAAGUACGUUAACCGUGACCCAAUUCGCUGGUUCUCUCCUCUCCCACAGCAGACACUAAGGCAGGCUCAGCAAGACUUCAAAUCGUCGGUCUCUCUUCUCGCCGAGUGCGCCACAGUCCAGUCAAAGUUAAGAACUGUCAAUAAGGAAUACCGGCGCCUCCAGGAAAUCAAGACAAAGCUGGAUUUUGAAGACAAAGAAGAGUGAAACGAAAUGUUGAGAAUUAUUUGUAUAUAUUUUUUUACAUCCUUUUUAUACUCGAAGCAUUCCAAGCAGUUUAUUGUCUUCAUAUAGAAGCAUUGUUACGAGUUAUCUAUGCUGAUAGUUCACUGAGCUGUGUACUGAAAACGAGUAUUUGCAUGCAAGCCUUCCAGUCUUCACACUAUUGCAAGAGUAGAGCUUGAGGCAUGUUGGGUGAUCAAAGCUCAACAUGUAUAGCAAGUCUUUUCAACAAUGGUCAAUUAAAGAUCAGUUAUGCACACUAAUUUUUAUUAAAUGCUUACAUCAAAAGUCAACUCUCCAGCUUUGUACAGGGAACCGAAGCUCAAAGUGGCAGCCCUUCCUGUACUGAUAAACUGAUGAGCCACAUUUACUUCUUUGAAUUCAUACUAAAGGUCUUGUUUGUCAAAAGACCAUCCUUUGUCGAGGUGGUCAAAUGAUGGUCAACUUACACGAUAAUAAAGGUUUAGGGUAA